UCGAAUCUAAAGGGGGGAGAAGUUACAUAUAUUAACAGCUACACAAAAACACCUGACGGUGCAAUUGAUAAGUAUGAAGAAUUCUUGAAGCAAAUUAAUAAAGUUGAAACAUAAAACCAUUUCCGGCAUAUUGCAAAAGUUGUACACAAAAAGAGAAAUUGAAAAUCAAAAAGACACCAAAUUUCCGAGAAUUAGUAAAUUGGGGAACAUAUUGAUUAGCAAGCAGUUUUAUUUAGUUCACAUGGAACAAAUUGAUUAGCAAGCAGUUUUAUUAAAUUCAUAUGCCAAAAGUAAUUAGUAAGCAAAUAUUGUAACUAGAAUAUAAGCUUCAUUUUAAAUUGAAUAAAUAAUUUAAUUCAGUCUGAUUCGAGAGCCCAAACCCACUUGUUGUCUUUUGGUUAAUCGGGUAAAACUAUUUUUUAAAAACGCCCGGACGCACCGAAAUUACUUGAAUCAUGCGGCCAUCUUCGUUUCGGUCAUUGUCCAUACAUACUUUCAUACAUACUAUUUCGGUUGUCUAAUGGAAAAUAAACAAAUUAAUUAUAAACGUGUUCCUCAUCGUUAAAGAAUGAAAUUAACACAAUAUAAAAUGGAUAAACGUUCAAAUAGCUUAAUUUAGUUGAAAUGUGUGUUUUCUGCACAUUUGUAUGAGUUUCCUCGCCGUCCGGCUUUCAGUUUUGUGAUGUGUACGACCCCCUGCACACCCCCCAUAAAGUCAUUUUGUUCAAAGCGAGGUGCACUCUCGCGAAGUCAACGCAAGAGAGAAGUUUUGCCAAAACCGACAUCGAUAGUUUUCGAAAACUAUCGAUACUGGCGACGGUUUUCAACUAUUGAUACUAUCGAUAGCAUCCCAGCUCUAACUCGUAUCGUUUCAUUCCUACGUGAACGUAAAAAUUUGUACUUAAACUGGCUGAACCAAUUAGAAAUGCCAAACUUAAAGGAUAAAUCGCAUACUGGCCAGAAACACCGGUCUAAAUCUUCUUCGCGAUGUACUGAGGAAGACGUGCGAAAAAAUAAUUUUGUGUCUAUACCGAAUACAAUUAAACUUAGCAUGCUGAACAGUGGGCUUCUUUCGUUUGAGAAAAUCAGAUUGGAAGCUAGAGAUGAGAACAACUCCUUUUCGAAAACUAUACCACACUUUCCAAUAAAUAAGGCGCAUUUUCUUAAGCUGUGCGAAUUACGUAGAAAAUUUCCUGUGCUUUAUAAACUUGAAUUUCAAACGGCUGCCAGAGUGGAAACAAAUAUGUGUAGACACGCAUUGAGGAAAAACAAUCAAGAAAAAAACCAGAACUCUAAAUGCAUUCCUUAUGAUUACAACCGCGUUGUCCUCAAAAAGACAUCAGGCGUUCCUGAUUCAGAUUAUAUUAAUGCUUCAUAUGUUGAUAGUCUUCUGAAGCCGAACGCAUAUAUUGUUUCUCAAGGUCCAGUUGAAGAAACUGUCAAUGCUUUUUGGCAGAUGGUAUGGCAAGAGAAUAUAAGUGCUAUAAUUAUGCUUACUAAGACGUUUGACUUUGCCAAAGUUAUGUGUGUUCAAUAUUGGCCUCCAAACAUGGAAGUACAUGAAACUUAUGGAGAUAUUCAUAUAAAUAUUGUACGCGAAGAACAGCUUGCUAAUUUUCACAUCAGAACUUUCCGCUUGUACAAAGUAAACGAAAUGAAAGAAAUUGCCGAUGAACGCCUUAUAUUGCAAUUCCAUUACACAGAGUGGUAUUCGCAUUCGUGCCCAUUUUCUAAUGCGAUCUUGGAAUUUCGACGUCGAGUACGUUUAGUUGUGGGAAAUAUCAUUAAAGGUGACGAUAUUAAGGGGCCAAUGCUCGUGCAUUGUAGCGACGGAGGCGGUAGAUCUGGGGUAUAUUUGUCUAUUGAUGCAAAUCUAGAAUUGGCGGAAGAAGAGGAAUGUUUCAAUAUUUUUGGUUAUCUGAAAAAACUACGGCAGUCUAGAAAGGGACUGGUAGAAAAUGUGGAGCAAUACAAAUUCACCUACGAUACCCUAGAAGAGCAUGUAAUAUGUGGAAGAACUUGGUUUCCUGUAUCCGAACUCUCCGACCGCUUAAAAGUUAAAGCCCGGAGAAAUCCUCUUACAAAAAUGAAUGAAUAUCAAUCAGAAUAUGACAAAAUUUGCAAGCAGACACCUCGAUUUACAAUAGGCGACUGCGCCGGGGGUCAUAGAGCUGAUAAUCGAGACAAAAAUCGCGAUGUGUUGUGUGUCCCUCCUGAUAAUUUUCGACCAUAUUUAACUUCUUUUCAGGGAAAUGCUUUUACCGACUACAUAAAUUCGGUUUUUGUGGACGGAUAUACCAAACCACGAGAAUAUAUAGUUACGGAAUGGCCACUUAAACACACAUUAGGUGAAUUUUGGUCUCUCGUCUACGAUCAAGAAUGCUCCGUAGUCGUUGUUCUAUGCCAACCACCUCUGAUCUCUCAGAAUUUCCCUUCAUUUUGGCCACAUAAAUCAAAAAUAGAGAAGUACGGACCGGUAUUCUCUGUUCAUAGUGUUUCUUCCAAAAGCUACGCUAAUAUUAAACAAUGGGAAUUUAAAAUAAAUAAAAAGAUUGUAUCUCUAACAGAAAUGAUGGCAGGUGUUAAAGCUCCCACCAAAACUGUUCAGUUAUUUCAACUCGCAUGUUGGCCAAUGGGGCAUAAAGUACCAACCUCCACCAACUCACUUGUUUACCUGAUGAAUAUGGUAGAGGUUUGGAGACAGAAAGUUGAUUACGGUCCCGUUUGUGUAGUUUCUCCAGAUGGUCGAAGUCGUGCUGGAGUUUACUGUGCAGCUAAUGCAUGUAUUGAACAAGUUAUUCAGCAUGGAGAAGUUGAUGUUUUCCAGGCAGUUAAAACGGUUCGCCGACACCGACCGCAACUUGUUGAAAAUAUGACAGAAUACAAAUAUUGUUACGACUUAGUUUUACAUUAUGUUCUUCAUUUUCUUAAAAAAUAAACGUCUAAUGUAGGUA